UUCCUCAGCUUUACUAUAAAAGAAGUCUUCAGAAAACAUCAAACAGGCAACAUCAAGUUCACUGCAAGUUCUACGACCAGAUCAGCUGAAUCCCGACAUCAUGGUCAACUCAUCUUCACUCAUCAUCGCUCUGGCGCUUUUCAUCAGGUGCACCUUUCAUUCAGCAGCCUUCGCUCUGCCUGCAGGUCGAACGGACGAAGAGCGACUCGUCCCGGACAGCUUCAGUUCAGCGCUGGAUGAUGAUCUACUGAACGCAGUGGGGAGCGGCGCUCUCUCAAGGAGAUUCCCCAUCAUAGAGGGAAGACUGGCUGAUGAAGACGGGACCAAGAGGAUUUUCAUCCUUUCAGAUCUUGGAUUAAAGGGUUCUGCGGCGAGCGACACUAGCCCCACCUCUGGCCGACCCUUCCCUUUGCUGUCGCUGCGGAGAGCGGAUCGUGCUCCUGCCGGAGUCCUGAAAGACGAGCGGCGUGAUGUAGACGGCCUCAACGCCGUGGCCAGAAGAGACUUGGACAGCACACUGCUGAGGUGUAUGAUCGGGAGAGUGUAUCGACCCUGCUGGCAAGCUUAACCCCAACACACACCACCAAACUAACACACACAGACUGACUGCUUCUACCCCACCAUGAAUAUCCUGCAGAUCUGCUGUAUGCUACUGUGCUCUGUUUCUGUGUUCUGAGAAAAUAAUAUAAUAAAACACAAACGAAAUGAAGUUGCUGUACAGAUGUAAAAAAACAAGUUGAAUAAAACUUUAUUAAAAGGUAAA